AUGCCCCCCGACAGACGCACUACGACCGCUCUGUCAGCCCAGUCUGAAACCGAAUUCAACCUAGCAGGACCACGCUCACAGCGUGGCGCCCCCCUUGGCCGUCAGGGUUAUCCUUACUACCUGCGUCAGGCGAUGAGCACGUCCGACAUUUCGGCUGAAAUGCUCAAGAGCCAGAAAAUGGUUGUUCCAGAUGUGCCGCUUUCCAGAGCCGAAAUGGAACGCCAGCUUCAGCUCCUCAAACGUUACAUCCCAAACAUCGUGUUUCAUCAACCUGAAAAUUUCCAGCUCGCAUUGAAUCCCGCCUCGUGGUCCCCUCAAGAGACGCAGGCUCGGCGGCGGAUUAUCCAGUUCACCGCGGUGCGAAGCUUCAUCGAACAGGACCCACAGGCUCACGUCAUCUCGGCUCUCGUCCCACAGGUUGCCAUCAACUGGAGUGCCAUCAGUCAGCAAGAGUGGCAGGGAAACAGGGGCGACACCUUCGCAAUGUCAGUCAUGUUGUUUGAGGGCAAGGCCCUAAUCACGUCGGUCGACAUCAUCGGCAGCGCCGAGUGCUUCUUCGGGACACACUUUUGCACGAACGAGAAGAACCGCAUCCGUCGUGGUUUCGAGUCCUCGGGUCCUAACACUCUCCACAAGGAUGAUGGGGCCAUGUAUUCUCUUCUUCGGUCAUUGGUCAACCCCAAGCCCCGCAACAUUGACAAGUCGGUCAAGGUGUUCCUCGCCACUUCUUUCCGAACUCUUAUUGAUAAGAUUUGCAGCAACUACAUUGUCACCGUCGAUUCCCGCUGGAAGAAGGGCCCACUCACGCACUACACCAACCCUACGCAUUGGGCGACCGAUUUGAGCUCAAUGGACGAGCAUCGCCGCCUCGCCCACAAGUUUGUCGCCCCUCCAGCUGCGGACGAGACUUACAGGGCUUCGGAGGAUUCAAUGGCAGGGCAAAGCGCGAACUUUGGAAGCAGGUAUUACCCCAAUGCCGUCGUUCCCGACAACGGUAUCGAUCGCAGGGCAAGCACCGGCACCACCUAUACCUAUGGAGACCACAGCUUUUCGAACGGACUUUCCAACUAUGCCCAACUCCCGCCCAUUCCCGUCAUAUCUCGUCCUUAUGAGCUGGCCCGCCCGUUGGACGCCUACGCCUAUUCACUGUACUCCCACGGCGCAGGCCAUGCGACGGCCUCCAACUCGACGUUCGCCACUCACCACACGGGUCUUACCAACGAGGCAUCCUCUAACCACGGGAACACCCUCUCUACAAUGAACUGCUACACCGACGGCUCCUACGCCACCUUCCCCAACGGCUCCUUGAGCUCUUACACCACCGUCACCAGGGGCUCCUCAAGCUCCUACGACACUGUCCCCAACGGCCGCCUCACUGCCGCCGAAACCAGCGAGACUGCGGCUUCAUCCGGUCACAGCAUAGCUCCCAAUGCCCCUCUUGGAGACCACUUUCCAAACAACGCCACCACUCAGAUGUUUGAGACUGCCCACUCGGCGACCUCGUCAUACUCGAACAACACCGGGACCGAGUCGGAUCACCGCCCUCUGAACGUGUACGGCCAGCCCCAGCACCUGAACAGUUUCCGGAGCCCCUCGUACAACUCCCAGGGUGCCUCUGUGUCUAACUCGUUUUUCAAUGCCUUUGUGUUCAACCCUCACCAGACUCACUCGGAGAGUCCCGAUACGGUUCCUCGUUGA